AUGUAUCCUAACAUUGAGGACUGUCAGCGAGAUUUUACUAGCACAUUUUCGUUGUUGCCUAUGAAUAUCGCUGAUCAACCUUCUUGUACCACUGUUGCAUUGCCAUCUGUUGUCAACCAGAAUUACUACUCUCAAUGUAACUCCAGUUUGGCUGGAAGAUUCCACGGCACACAAGUCAGUGCUAACGACCAUUACUCAGAAGCACUGGUGCAGAAUCCAACUUUGAAUUCACCAUCACCAGACUUAGUAAAUUUCACUUACUCUUCUCUUUCUAAUGGAGAAUCUACUAAUGUAGGAUCGGCAGUAGCAGCCUCUUUGGCUACAUUGACUAAUGACCCAGAAGCAAUUGGUGAUGGAACGAUGGAAGUGACAUACGGGCCAGAAUUUUCCGAGUUCUUUUAUUCAACGAAUACUAGCAUGCCUUUUGCCAGCAACCAGGCAGAAUAUUUCUUAACAGACUUGCUGGCUGAUGACGAUCUACAGCUGAUAAGUAUGCCUCCUUCCACUGAAUAUCACGGAUAUCACACACAACUGAAAACCUCAGAAGAAAAAGCAGAAAUCGGUAACAAUUCAGCUGUUUCAUCAAUGAGGAUGAAUAGAGUACCAUCUAUAUCAGAUGCAGAAUGGUUAGAUUCUUCCUCAGACACAUCUUCUUACCACGAUGACCAACAAGCUUCUUUCCACAAGGAAUUAAAUACUUAUCUACCCGCCACACCAGAUUUAAACAGAAUACCUUUAUCUGGAAAUACUUCUAAACUCUACCACCCUCCUAUUGCCCAGAAGAAAUACAAGUUGUUUGGUCAUCGACUACAAAAUAUUCAAAAUGGGGGUUCAGGCAAUGACUUUGGAAACUUAACACCAGCAGAGACACCUAUUAAAAACCUACAUUACUUGUCAGGAAAUGAUCCAGCAGGAGUUACUUAUCCUUAUCCACCAACAGGAGGAGUAGAGAUCUCAGACCACAACAGCCAGACAUAUUGUGGAAUAAACCUAUGUAGUACAAUGAAAGGGUCAUUUCCCAAUAGCUUUCAUCACAUUGAUAAUGAGUAUCUUCCGCUGCAAGGGAUUAGCUGUUCUCACAAGCCUAUUAUGAGGGACAAAGUUAAGGGCAUCACGAAAGAGCAUAAUCAAAGAACAAAAGACGAAAAAUGUGCAAGAAUCCUGAAGCUACCCAUUUCAGUCUCUGAGAUAAUCAAUCUUCCCAUAGACGAAUUUAAUGAAAUGAUUUCCAAGUACGAACUGACCGAGUCACAAUUAACCCUAAUAAGAGAUAUUCGUAGGCGAGGUAAAAACAAAGUAGCAGCACAGAACUGCCGAAAAAGAAAACUUGACCAGAUAAUCACUCUGCAAAAAGAAAUGGAUGCUCUGCAUGCUGAAAAGUUGCAACUGGAGGCAGAACAACAAAAUAAGUUAAAUUAUCAACAGAUGGUACAAGCAAAAUACACACAGCUUUAUGAGUAUAUCAUGAAUAAAUCCACUGUUCCAUGCGGUCAACAUAGUCACCUAGAUUGUGCUUCAACAAACAGUCUAGAGAUUGAUUUGUUUCCCAUUUGUACAAACAAUACUGAAAUUGAUAAAUCAACAAUGGAUCAUGAAGAAGUACAAGAUCAUCAGAAAUCAAACAAGAAUAGAUCUGUGUCUUAA